UGCCCAUCUCUCCAAAUUUACUUCCACCUCUUACAUUUUCUUACCAUUCUUUUUAGAUUUCUUGGCUUGAUUUACUCUCUUCUUCCUGCAACACUUUACUCUUCAGUUCUUGAUUCUCUUUUGCCUUCUUCAUGCAUUUGUUUCCAUUCUUUAAUUAGUCAUUUUCUUAUUCUAAACUUUCUUUUCCCUUUUUUCGUUAUUUUCAGAAUGCAGUUUGAUUAUUUUUCCUUUUUUUCAUGUUAAAACAGUAUUUGUUUUGGUAGUUUUCAGUUUAUUUUUUCCAUAAAUUUCUGUUUCAAAAACCUCUUGAGGGGAAAAAGCCAGAAUUUUUUUUCCUGCGUUCUGGUCUUAAGCUUCUCAUCCAUAUCCUGGGUUUAUGGGAAAUGUGUUAAGGGUUAUGGGGUUUUUGAGAAAUGUGGAGAGAGAGAGAGAGAGAUGUGUAGACAUGCACCCACUUGUAGUAGUAUUAGUAGUGGAGAUAGAUCCUGGGUUGAUUUUUCAAAUGGUAGAUCAUGUUCUCUUCUCUUUGUUCUCAUCUCUUCAUGUUCUUUUUUCCUCAGUGGCUUACAGAUUUUCUGUCUCCCAAUCUUUUGGUUUCCAUCUCUUUUCCAAGAUCUCCUUAUUUUCCUACAUUAUCAUCAUUAUUUUAUUAUAUACACAAGCCUCACCCUAUUUUUCGAACAACAUCUAACUUUCUCAUUUCUCAGUCUAUCAUCAUUCAGAUCUCUCCUCUCUCCUCUCUCCUCUUCACCCUCUACCAAAAACACACAUUUUUUCGGUAGAUCUUCUCUCACAAAUUACAUGCAUUAUUACCCUUCAUAUGUCACUCAUACUUCAAUUUUUUUUUUUUUUUUAAAGCUUGAACAGAUCUCCAACUCUUUCUCUAGUAUUUUGUAAUCUUUAGCAGUUUCAUAAAGAGAUGCUUUGUGUAGUGAACAUGGGGAGAGGAAAGAUCGAGAUCAAGAGGAUCGAAAACACGACCAACCGUCAGGUCACAUUCUGCAAGCGAAGGAAUGGGCUUUUGAAGAAGGCUUAUGAAUUAUCAGUGCUAUGUGAUGCAGAAGUUGCCCUCAUCGUCUUCUCCAGCCGCGGUCGAGUCUAUGAGUACUCAAACAACAACAUAAAAUCAACCAUAGAUAGGUACAAGAAGGCCAGCUCAGAUAGUACAAAUGGAGGCUCUACCAUGGAGAUCAAUGCCCAAUACUACCAGCAAGAAUCAGCAAAGCUGCGCCAGCAAAUACAGAUGCUGCAGAAUUCUAACAGGCACUUAAUGGGUGAUUCCUUGGCUUCCUUGACUGUGAAGGAGCUAAAGCAGCUCGAGAACAGGCUUGAACGAGGCAUCACAAGAAUCAGGUCGAAGAAGCAUGAGUUGCUGUUGGCUGAGAUUGAGUACUUGCAGAAAAGGGAAAUUGAGCUGGAAAAUGAAAGCGUAUAUCUCCGAACCAAGAUUGCAGAAGUGGAGAGGCUUCAGCAAGCAAACAUGGUAUCAACACAUGAGUUCAAUGCCAUCCAGGCAUUAGUUUCUCGCAAUUUCUUUCAGCCCAAUAUGAUUGAGGGUGGAUCCACAGGCUACCCACUUCCUGAUAAGAAGGUCCUCCAUCUCGGGUACACUCAUCUUUCGCCAUGUUUAUUCAUUUGCAUUCUUUCUCGGUCUAAUAUUGAAGAUUAAAAGAGCACAUAAAUCACCAAGUAGCCUUAGGUCUGCUAAAUUCAUCACUACAAAUGGUAUAUGCAUGAACAGCUUAAUGAGACAUUUCAAGCCAUGCAUUGGGUAGAAAAAAGUUGUGAGAUUUCUUCGUCUUUUAAAAUACUGCAUAGUCAUUGACUACCCUAUAUAAUCUUGCUGUGAAUUAUAUACUAAUUAUGAUGGGCAAAACAAAAAUUUGUUCUCCAAAUCCUCCUCAAGUUCCUGUGAUGUGUAUGAGGGCCUAAAGAUGAUUGUUCAUCUGGGCAUUUCGAUUUUUGCUCAUCCUUAAUAAUCAGUACUUCUCCAAAGUAAGUAGAUUUCCAUGUUUUCUUUUGGCUUACAAUAAGAUUCAAGUUCGACCUAAUUCCUGGGGUUUUUUGCUUUUUGUUUUAUGUAGGUAAAUGAUGGGAGAAAAUAUCCGCCAACUUCAUCUCCUUAUGAUGUUUAAAUAAAUCUUUUCCCAUGCUAUCCAAACUGUUAUGUAACGGAGAAUUAAUGUCAUUGUUGUAUUUGGGGUUUCUAUGACUUGGUAUUUAUCCGCUAGCAACCAGUACUGUUUUGUAUAACAUUAUGAUAUAUAAUAUAGCCUAUUAAAAUA